AUGGCCCCUCACGAAGAUGAGUGCUUGUCUACGUUCAUCCCACCUGCGAGGGCGCUCUCUGCGCAGCAGUACCGGCACCUGGUAACGAAGGUCUACCAGGAGAAGAACCCCAGCAUGCUGGGCGACCUUGCCUUCAUCUUCACAAAGUACGAGGGCCGUGAGGAGGAGCUCUUCUCCCAAGUGUGCUUCAAGUAUGGCGCUGAUGGUGCGGAGCUGACGGCCGGCGAGCCGAGCCAGGCUGAGCUCCAAGAGGACGAGCUGCUGGAUGCCAUCAUCCAGCUCGAGGCCGAAGUCGAACGUCGGUCUUGGCUCGUUCGCCGCAAGCGUGAGGAGGCCAAGGAGCUCGUUCUUCUCAUCAGCUUGGGCCAGGAGCGGCGGCGCUGCCAUGGAUGCGACCUCGGGCUCUGCCGCUCCCAGCGCUUGGUGCGGAGCGCUGGGGAGGUCUGCUGGGCCGUCGCCGAGGAGCAGCGCUGCGCCGCGGAGGAGGCUGCCUGCUCACCGUCCUUCCAGAACGAUGCGCUGGAGGAGGACCUGCGGCGGGGCCGUCAAUGGCUUCUUCGCGAGCUGCGCGCCAUCAUCCUCAUCGUGGUUCAGGAGGACCCCCGCUUCGCCGAGCUGGCGCACUACCUUGCGGGGGAAGAGGGCCUGCAGAUCUAA